AGUUCACGUCGAAGAUAUGGAUCAUUCUACGAGCCCCGGCUGUACUAUUUUUGCUGUGGCUAGUGAUCGUUUCUGGACUACAAUCUUCGGAACUCAGUCGAUCGUCUCCAUCCAUCCAUCCUGUCAGUGCAGAAGAACGUUUAUGGAUUCUAACAAGCCAAACAUCUUAGUGGGCCUGCAAUGUCUGCUUACCCCUCGAAACAACGGACUGUGAUUCGUCUCCCAGAUCUCGACAUGGCAAUCAGAGUGCGCGUACGACGAUUAGUGCACGAAGAUCCGCGUUCAGAACUCGAGGAUGCCCGUGCUAACAAAGGGUCUCUUCGACAUCCAAGAUCUUUAAGCAUGUCUUGCAGUCUUAGCAUCGAGUUUGAUGAACACAGCAAGAGGAAGGUCGUGAACAUACAACUCAUUCCUCGUGUCUCUGAGGUUUAGAACCAAGUCAAGAAGGACGACAAACUUUCAGAGAAGAUUGUGAAAGCUUGUCUAGAGCUAAAGAGAGGAGAAAAGUUGCAUCCUUCAUGUUUAAGAACCUUUAAAGCGAGCACACGUCUUUAUGAUGGAUAUGUUUUGCCACUUGCAAGACCUAGAUCUUUUUCGACAAGAGGAGGAAAUGUUCAAAGAUACUCUUGAGGUCGGCCAUGACGAGCUUCAUUCAGUGAGAAAUGGUCCAAUAGCUAAUAUCUUCAGCAUCAUGCUUAGAAGCUUUGAGCUUAAGUAGGACGAGUAAGUUCUUGAAAAAAUCUCUAGUGUUGUAACUAUAUAGGUGGUAUAAAUUUGUUUGAUUGUUUGAAGAUGUGUGUGUUGUGUCACAUUCAGAU